UUCUGUGUAACUCAGACGUGGAGAAAGUAACUUGACAGAUUGUAUCCCAGGAAGUUUUUUUAAACAUUCAGAAAUCUGAAUUUUCAUGAUGAAACUACGUCUCCGUCUUUGGCUUUUUGUCCUGUGGCUGAAUGUGAAGACGUCUUUACAACAAAAUGAUCCCACAUGUGAAUUUGGCAUUAUACACAGUAAUCUCUUUGUGGCUGGUUUACCACCUCAGAAUCAGCCCAUCACAGCUGGACAUAAAUUACGUUUUCUCUGCAGUGAUGAGUACAAACUGAAAGGCUCAAAGGAAAUCCAGUGUUUGCAAACUGGACAGUGGAAUUCCCCAUUCCCAACCUGCUCUGAUCCCACUUGUGAAGUUGGCGUGAUGGACCCUCGUCUCUUUGUUUCUGGUUUGCCACUGCUGAAUCAACCAAUCCAACCUGGACAUAAAUUACGCUUCCAGUGCAAUGAGGAGAGCGAGCUGAGAGGCUCGAGAGAAAUUGAGUGCUUGCGAACUGGACAGUGGAAUUCCCCCGUCCCAACCUGCUCUGGUACUUCAAGUUGUUCGGGACCACCGGUCCUUGAAUAUGGAGACUUCUUGGAAAGCAGAAGUCAUUUUUCACAUAACGAGAGAGUUGAAUUCAGAUGUCAGCAAUACUACAAAAUGGAGGGUGGGCCGUACAAAACAUGCAAGAAUGGUAUCUGGACUGGAGAGAUGAGAUGUCUCAAACCCUGCACUGUCAGUCAAUAUGACUUGGAUGACAAUAACAUUGAUUUCAGAAUAGCAGGAUUAGAUAAACUAUAUUCAGAACAUGGUGAUCACGUUACAUUCAAAUGUAAACGAGGAUUUGAAAGUGUCGGUGAUGUACUAAUGCGUCAGAUGUGUAAUGAUGGUGAGAUGACCCUGCCCAUCUGCCAGAGACGUCAGUGACUUCAUCUUAAUUAAAAUGUGCAGCAAAACCAACAGCAAAGCAUAAUCUGAUUCAUUGCUGUGUGUGGUCAUUCUAAUAAAAUCAUAUGUGCUGAA